AUGUCGACAAGCGUGAGCAAUCAGGGGCAUAUGGCCUUGCCUGGUGGGUCUGAGGGCAUGGCUGUGAUCUUCGCAGAUAUACUUCCUUUACGAGAAUCUCAUAUUGUUGCGAGGCUUCGGGAAGUGGACGAAAAGUUGGAUCAUUUCUGGAAAGAGGCCCAGGAAGCGCUGCUCGUGGGAAUUCACAAGCGGAACAGAGAAUGUGCCGAGAGCAAAUCCAAGUUCCAGUCAAGCAUCGUAUUCGCCUACAAGGGUCGUGUUUCGGAAGAGAGGACCCGACUUGGACGAGUUUUACUGUCGCAAAAAGUGCAG